AUGAAGCUCACCGCUCUUCUCAACAUCGCCCUCCUUGCUCAGAGCUCUCUCGCUCAUCCAGGCCAGAGCGCUGCAGAACAUGCGCAGGAGGUUGCUGAGCGAAGAGCCUACCUCGCGAACAACAAGCGGUCUCUCGCUCACUGCGCCGAUACACUGAAAGCGCGUGGUAACGAUCUCACCAUGCACGCUCGUCGCAGUGCCAUGGUAGAAAAGCUUCGAGCCAAGCGGGAUAUCGCCCAAGAGAAACCGUACCUCCGGAUCCGCGACCUCGAUACCGUGCUCGCUACUGAUCACAAGUCAAACAUGACUGGCAUUACCACCGACACUGAUCCCGCUACCCUCUUUGCAGGAAACAACUCCUGCGUCCUUACACCCGAGGUGACCCAAGGCCCUUACUGGGUCGAAGGCGAACUCGUGCGUGAGGAUGUUACCGAGGGCCAGGAGGGCAUCCCCAUGACACUGGAUAUCCAGAUCAUCGACGUGAACACGUGUGAGCCUGUACCUCAGGCUUUCCUCGAGAUGUGGCACUGUAAUGCUACCGGCGUAUACUCUGGUGUUGUAGCGCAAGGCAACGGAGUUGGCGAGGACGACGAGUCGAACUUGCAGAACACGGCGUUGCGUGGUAUCCAGCAGAGUGACAAGAAUGGCGUCGUUUCGUUUCAAACUGUCUUCCCAGGCCAUUACACUGGACGUGCUACGCACAUCCACGUCAUGUCUAGACUCAACGCGACCGUAAACGCCAACUCGACCCUCUCAGGCGGCCACAUCACACACGUGGGCCAGAUGUUCUUCGACCAAGAUCUCAUCACACUCGCGGAUACUGUAGAGCCGUACGCCAGCAAUGAACAGGAAAUCACUUCGAAUGCCGAUGAUUCUAUUCUUGCGGAGGAAGCUGCGGAUGUUGACCCAUUCGUAGAGUACGUCAUGCUCGGCGACGACAUCUCAGAGGGUCUUUUUGGUUGGCUGGCAUUUGGCAUGGACUCCACCAGCGCUUACAACAUCACCCCAGCGGCGUACUGGACUGACGAAGGUGGCGUCGAGAAUGAAAACUCUGGUAUGGGUGGUGGCCCGGGUGGUGCUCCUCCUUCUGGCGCUAUGCCUUCUGGCACCGCCAUGCCUACCGGUGCCAUGCCAUCGGGAAGUGCUAUAGAGUCGGGUACAAGCGUCACUGCAGCAUCGUCUACGAACAUCGCUAUCGUCUCCUCCGCUGCGUCCUCGGUUACCAGCGAGAUUACCCCUAGCACCUCCGCAUUCGGCAGGCCCUCGAAAGCCCGUCCGUCCGGUGUAGUACCUUCUAACGGUCCCCAGAUUGUACAUGGACAUGGUAGGGGUCAGAAGGGCCAAUCUCAUGGUCAGAACAAGUGGAGUCAACACGAUAUCCCGGCAGAGGGGCACUACUGA